ACUGGCGUCCGUCCGUCGGUUGGGUCGGUCCGUGGGUCGGUCGGUCGGCGCUGCUGGCGAAAUGACAACACGCGCCGCACUCCGGACACCCGAGCAGCAGCAGCAGCAGCAGCGUUCUUUAUCUCGGUGAGCCGGCGAGCGCGGGGUUGACUUGCGGCAAGUCAGUCGCAGAUAAGCCGCACAUGCAGCAAGACGUCUCCUCGGCCACGCAGCUCCUCCAGGUCACGCCGUCGUCCGACAUCCGCCAGGUUUUCGUGGCGCAGGAACAAUAUGCUCAGCGCCGCUUGCGUUUCGUGUCGUCAGCAGCUGCCCAGAGGUGAACGACGCUGAAACAUGAAAUCGUCCAAAAGAGACCGCUGAGAGCAUGUACUCGACGCGCAAGUUCUACCUGAUGGCGCUUCUUGCUCUGGGGCUGUUCGCCGUGCAGUACCACGUCAUGUCCAACUGGCUGGUGCAGGGCGCCGUCCGCAGCGACGUGCCGCUCUCCGUCGUCCGCCUCUCCAUCGACAGGCUGCAGACCUCGCCUGAGCUCACAGCCGCCCUCUCGCAGGAACAGCUCAGGAAGAUCGUCGAGGAGGUGAGUCAGCAAGUGGUGCAGACGCUGCCGGACUGCAUCCCCGUGGAAGCAGCGGCGAGGACGGUGAGCGGCGGCGGCGACGACAAGAUGUUGCCCAAGCUGUACAUAAUCACGCCGACGUACCGGCGGCCGGAGCAGCAGCCCGAGAUGACGAGGCUGGCGCAGACACUGCUGCACGUCAAGAACAUCAAGUGGCUGGUCAUCGAGGAUGCCGAUAAGCCGACCCCAGAAAUCACGGCCCUGCUCAAACGCACCGGCAUCGACUUUGAGCAUCUAGUCGCCCCGAUGCCAGCCAAAUAUAAAAACAAGAAGGGCAGCAAGCCACGAGGAGUGUCGAACCGCAACCGGGGGAUCGAGUGGAUUCGGGAAAACGCCUCGGACGGCGUCAUGUACUUCGCCGACGACGACAACACCUACGACAUCAGAAUAUUUGAGCAGAUGCGACACACGAAGAAAGUGUCCAUGUGGCCGGUGGGGCUGCUGACCAAGGUUGGGCUCAGCACGCCCGUCGUCAAGAACGGCCAGUUCCACGGAUUUUACGACGGCUGGAUGGCCAACCGCAAGUUCCCAGUUGACAUGGCCGAGUUUGCGGUCAGCGUCAAGUUUUUGCUGCAGCGGCCAAAAGCAACAAUGCCUUACAAGCCAGGCUACGAGGAGGAUGGCUUCCUGAAAAGCUUGGCGCCAUUAGAACCUAAGGAAUUAGAGCUGCUCGCCAACGGUUGUACAGAGAUUUUGGUUUGGCACACGCAGUCGAAGAAAAAUUCACCGUCUGCAGCAAUCAACGCGACACAGUAUAAAGACACUAAUCUGAUUGAGCUUAAAAAGCACAUGGUGUAGCUGCUGCAGCUGUAAAUAUAAAAUAAUUAUACUCUGUGACCUCUCUUUCUCCAGCAUUAAUUAAAAUACGCACGCGCGGCGGACAUUGACCGGAAGAAUCAUCGACACACACACAUCAUCGGUUUCAUUCAGUGUACUUGUGAAUUUCAACUGCCUCUAAAAGUGUUUGGAAAUCAUAAAAUUGUGAUAAUUUUCAUAAAGUAGGUUUAAGACUGCGGCGGGACAAAAUAAUGUGUAAAAUUAAAUCGAGGUUUAAUUUUUGCCCAUCGAUUCAGUCUCAUGUAUUUGCAUAGCAAUCGCUGAACUUGUACCCUUUAGCAAUUUCCGACGUGGCAAAAAAGGACUGAAUCCGAGAUAGCUGAUUACUGAAAAAUCAAAAUAGCUGUGAAACAAACGUAGGAAGCGCGGACGCGUGUGUGUUGCCGUCAUUUUUAAAUGUCGUCUCUCUAUAUUUAACAUGAUGUGUAUAAUGCGAAAAGUCCCAAAUUGAUAAACACAAAUGUGGCAAGUUACUUAGCUCUAAGAUUCAUAAAAGACUUUCAACCAAUUAUUCCUACGAAAAUAAUUUUAAAUAAUCGAUAUAAUCUAUUUAUUUAUUUCCACCAAAGAUUGAAAACGAUCCAGUCAAAUCCAAAUUUUGAACUAAAAAGUUUUCAUUUUCCCUGAAUUUAAUAUUAAUAAUUAAUUGUCUCUGGGAAAAGGAAAUUAAUGGUGAAAUUUGAUUCACGAAAUGUCAAACGAAAAAUUGUAAAAUAAACUAGUUAA